AUGGCAUUGGCCGAGAUACUACUCACAGUAGACGGCGUUAUUUGGAAAGCUCGUGGACGAGCGGAGGUAGAGAAGGUUAUUAGCGAAGCUGGUGGAAAAUUACAGUUGACAUCUUAUUUGUUAGCGGGCUUGUAUGCAAUCGAUAAAGAAUUCCAAAAAUUUGCAAAAGGUGAGCAUGGGGUGGCUGAUGCGAUCGGCGCUUCGGUGAAACGAAUGUUCGAUGAUAUUAUACGUUUUCAUCCAGAUGAAACAUAUAAAAAUGCUGGUGAACUGAUGCGUAAUGUACAAAAUUCUACAAGUAUUCGAUUUUAUUUGUAUGCUAAAGAAGAUAUUGAUGCUAUUCGACAACAAAUACCAUUAUUAACAAGUAUAAGAGGAACAUCACUCUUCCACGAAAUUAUAGCUCAUCCAGAUGGAAAAAUAUUUGCUAAAUCGAAAUCGGACGAUGAAGAAAAAUUAAUAAAAACCAAUUUUUGA